AUGUUGAAGGCAUUAAUGGCAGAGAAGCAGAGAAACCGGUUUCUCGAAGCACAGAUAGAAGCGACACAAAAACGGCCCAGCCACAAGAACGGUUGGUUUGAAGAAGAUUCUGACGCUCAGUCUCUGGAGCCUCUGCCAUGUUUUACUUCAACAACACGUGAGGUUACCCCAAAUCCACAUGGAGAACUAUCAACAAUGACGGCAAUGUCCUUUGCAACCUUACAAAUGUCAAGCUGCAUUCCAAAUCCAGGAGAAGAGGAAAUUGAUAGCAGUACGUUUCAAAGAUGGAAAGGUCAGUUUGAAGCAGCUAUGGAUUUUGCUGGAAUUUCAGAUGAAACCAUGAAAAUGAAUGCAUUCAAAAUGAAAGCUGAGUCCAAGCUUUUGGACAUGUUGCUAAUGACACCUUCCGAUAGUUCACUUAAAGAUGGAAAAGAGUUCCCAUAUUCAAAUGCAAUAGAGCGAUUGGAAAAAUACUACUGUUCGCACGAUUAUGUAUUUUUCCAAAGACAAAAACUCCGAUCUUUGGUGCAGAACAAAAACGAAUCCGACUCAUCUUACGUGAAAAGAGUAAUUGAAUGCGCAAAAAUCUGCAACUAUAAAAAAGAUCAAUUACUGGAGACAGUCGUCGACGUUACAUCCACACACGCUACAAACGCAAAGGUGCGAGCAAUCGGCAGAAAAGUUCUUCGAAAGAGCGGGUCACUCGUCGAUUUUUUAGAUCGUGUGCGUGCCUGCGAGAUUGAAAGCAUAAAUGAAGAGACAUUCGCUAUAAAACAUCAACCAAACAAAAUAGGAGAAAUAGCGGCUGUGUCUUAUGGAUCUCGCCCAAUUGAUUCGUACAGAAAAAGAUACCAACACAGUAAUUCGUAUCGGCGGAGCUACUCGACCAGGCAACCGUCCAGCAGUUGGAACAAAGGAGGGUCAUCACAACAUACAACGGAUCGUUUUUCUUCAAAUCGUCGCGAGCGUUGUUGGAGAUGUUCGGGAAAUUAUCAUUUACCAGAGGAUUGCCAUGCAGCUAAUAAAAGAUGCCACAACUGCCAGGUCGUUGGCCACAUCGAGAGAGCAUGCCGGUUGAUCCCGCAACACCUUACAAAACGACGGGCGACGGAAACAACCGAACCAGCCCAGACAACGAAAAUUCGGAAAAUUGCGGCUAUCUCGGAUAACAACUGUCUAGAUGGGUCGGAACACGAAGAAGGAGCAACGAAUUUUAACACCCAGCCUGAGAAACAUAAAUCCAAUGAAUUGACAGACUUGGAGUCAAACAAAAUAAAGGAUCGAAGUGUUUUAAUAAACACAAUGGUACAAAAGGAGUAUGACGAAUGCUGCGUAGUAGGCUAUGUGGCUGGAAUGCCGAUCAACUUUUUGAUCGACUCCGGUGCAGACGUUAACACGAUCGACAAGACCAACUUCGACUGCUUGAUCGGAAGCAAUCUCCAAAGAAACCUACUAUACAGUAAAAAAAACAGGCACAGAUAGACCAUUAAAAGCUUACGGUGUACAAGAUGAAAUUCCGGUAAUCGCAUCCUUUGUGGCGGAACUAUAUAUUUCCGAGGAUCGACCUCGUCUUAUGGAAAAAUUCUACGUGAUACCAAACGCAAGAGCAUUGCUAAGCAGAGGCACUGCGAUAAGGUAUAGCGUAUUGCAAUUAGGUAUGGAAGUACAAGUCCAGAACCGAGCAAGGAGUAACACUAUAAAUCUUCGGCCGGGUGAAAUUUUAGCCGCGUUAAAUGCGAGUGAAUUCCCUAGAUUCAAGGUCGCCCCCGUUAUACUAAAAUACGAUAAGGAAUUACCCCCGUCACGGAACGUCUUUACGAGCAUACCCCCAGCGUUUAGAAACGAAACAGAAAGACGACUAAAAGACUUACUGUCGGCUGGCAUAAUAGAGCGCGUAACGGAACAGAUGGAUAGGUCAUUUUGUUCCUCACUAUUGGUGGUCCCAAAAGGAAAAUCGGAUAUCCGACUCGUGGUUGACCUCAGAGGCCCGAAUAGAAAUAUAAUAAGGACACCAUUCAGAAUGCCCACACUAGAAGCUAUCCUAGCAAAACUCAAUGGAUCACGCUGGUUUUCGACAGUAGACCUAACAAGCGCAUUCUUUCACGUUGAGUUGCAUGAAUCUUGCCGACAUUUAACGAACUUUUUCGCUGGAGACGGAACCUAUAGGUUCAAGAGACUUCCAUUUGGCCUUUGCAACUCUCCGGAUAUUUUUCAAGAGAUACUCGAAACUAUCGUACUGGAAGGAUGCCAGGGAACCAUCAAUUAUCUGGACGAUAUAUUAGUGUACGGAAAGAGUAAAGAGGAUCACGACGAGAAUCUGCAAAAAGUUCUCCAGCGUCUGAGUGAUCACAACGUCCAGCUUAACACCACUAAAUGCAUAUUUGGGACAAAGGUUGUUAAAUUUUUGGGUUUCAACCUAUCCGGUGACGGGUGGAGGGUCGAAGACGACAAAAAGAAAGCUAUAGAAAACGCACGUAGACCUGAAACGAUUGCGGAGGUAAAAAGCUUUCUAGGGUUGAUGAACUUUACCGAACGGUUCAUUCCCAACAGAGCAGAUAAAACUACAAGGCUAAGAUCUCUGGCUAAAGCAGAUUGCUUUUACUGGGAGAAAGAAGACGAGGACGAAUUUAACUACCUUAAAAAGGAAGCCCUAAACUCUAUCACAAGACUCGGUUAUUUCGAUCACAAGGACGUCACUGAACUAUUUGUAGAUGCAUCCCCAGUAGGCAUUGGAGCAGUAUUAGUUCAAUUCUGUAAUAGCAGUAAACCACGAAUAAUUGCAUGUGCGUCCAAAGCCCUUACAUCCACCGAGCAGAAAUACCCUCAAACGCAAAAGGAAGCGCUCGCAAUCGUUUGGGGUGUUGAAAGAUUCUCGUACUACCUCAUUAACAUUUUCUUUACAAUAAGGACUGAUUCGGAAGCGAACGAGUUUAUUUUUAGUGGUUCACAUCGUAUGGGGAAACGAGCUAUCACACGAGCAGAAGCAUGGGCGCUGCGCCUUCUGCCAUAUCAGUUUAAAAUAGAUCGAGUUCCUGGACAUUGCAACGUUGCCGACGCAUUGUCUAGAUUAAUUCACAGAUCACAGAUAGACGACCCAUUCGACGAAAGUAACGAUAAACACGUUCUGUACUCACUGGACGCGGGAAGUAUGAGUAUCUCGUGGGCCGAAAUCCAAGAGGCUUCAGAGAAGGACGAAGAACUUUCCAGAGUAAGAUCGGGGAUUCGCAUUGGAAAAUGGCAAAAAAACCUCAUACGAUACGAGUCAGAGGCAAAAAACCUGAGAGUUCUAGGUCCGUUGGUAUUCAAAAAUGAUUUAGUCGUGCUUCCUUCCGCUCUUCGCCAAACAGCUCUCGAGGCCGCUCAUCGGGGUCACAUAGGAUGUGGAGCAACAAAACGAAUAUUAAGAGAGUUUUUUUGGUGGCCUAACAUGGCAAAAGAAGCUGUUAAUUUUGUUAAUAGCUGCGAAACAUGUAUUUCUAUUUCAAGAAAGAAUCCGCCUAUACCAUUAGCAAGUCGCGAGCUACCGGACGGACCCUGGGAACUUCUGCAGAUUGACUUCUUGUCUCUUCAAGGCUGUGGGACAGGGGAAUUCUUGUUAGUUGUCGACACAUAUUCCCGUUACUUGCAAAUUUCGGAAAUGAGAUCAACAGAUGCCAAGAAUACUAAUUCUGCCUUAUUUAAGCUCUUUUUAGUCUGGGGUUUACCCUUGAUCAUCCAGAGUGAUAACGGACCACCAUUUCAGAGCACAGAAUUUAUAGGAUGCUGGGAAGAUAAAGGAGUGAAAAUUCGAAAAUCCAUUCCCUUGAGUGCUCAGUCAAAUGGGUCCAUCGAGAGACAGAACCAAGGCAUAAUUAAGGCGAUGGCGGCGGCGAAACAAGAGGGAAGAAAUUGGAGAUCAGCGAUGAACGAAUACAUACACGUGCAUAACACACGAAGGCAUCAUUCUCGGCUAGGCGUCACCCCAUUCGAGCUUCUAGUGGGCUGGCGCUACAGAGGAACUUUCCCUUGUUUAUGGGACACUAAGGAAGCAUUGGACCGAGUGACGGUACGCGAAGAUGACGCGGCAGCAAAACUGGUCAGCAAACAAUUCGCCGACGAACACCGAGGCGCAAGAGAGAGACACAUCAGUGCAGGCGAUCGCGUCGUGGUGGCUAUCCCACAAAGAACAAAGACAGAUCCAACGUUCACCAGCGAAGAAUAUACCGUCCUUAAUAGGAAUGGAGCAAAAGUAGUUCUCGUUAGUGAUACAGGCGUAAAGAUAGCAAGGAAUGUUAACGACGUUAAGCUGAAGGUAGAUCGAUUCAGGCACUACUCUCAACGUGACUCGGAGGAAGAACAAUCGCUAAUGGAUUCUAUACCAAUACAAGAUACAGAUAAGGAGGUUAGAGAACUAGACAGACCGAAAAGGCUCGUGCGGAUACCAGAUAGAUUCAAGGAUUCAGUUAUGUACAACAUCACAUAGGUUAGGAGAUCGUUUAUUUCUAGAAUUAAAUUGCGUAUAACGUCAAAAGUGAUAUUUUUACUAUUUAUAUAAGUUCCUUAAGAUACAAUUCAUUUUUUUUAACAUAGUUUUAAGCAAACACUUGAAGAGUAGGAAAGGGGAAAGAUGUAGGAGUUGAGAGGCGUAUAGCAGGAAUUAAAUAUCCAAGCGUCGCGGAAAGGUCAGAAAAUAGGAGACGGGAGGAAACAGUAUUACCUAACGGGCAGCGCAUAGAAAUUUGAAAUAAGGCGAAAGACGGAGAGAGAGAGA